AUGAGCAAGUUCGGUGCCAUGGUCAUGGGCCCCGCGGGCGCGGGCAAGUCCACCUUUUGCGCCGCCCUCAUCACUCAUCUCCAGCUCAACCGCCGGUCCGCCUUUUACGUCAACCUCGACCCUGCUGCCGAGACGUUUGAGCAUCAGCCCGACCUUGACAUCAAGGAGCUCAUCUCCCUCAAGGAUGCCAUGGAGGAGGUUGGUCUGGGGCCCAAUGGCGGCCUCAUCUACUGCUUCGAGUUCCUCAUGGAGAAUCUCGACUGGCUGACCGAGGCUCUCGACUCUCUAACUGAGGAAUAUCUAAUCAUUUUCGACAUGCCAGGCCAGAUCGAGCUCUACACACAUGUCCCCAUCUUGCCCGCAUUGGUCAAGUUUCUGUCGCAACCUGGCGCCCUCGACAUCCGCAUGGCCGCCGUCUACCUCCUCGAGGCUACCUUUGUCGUUGACCGCGCCAAGUUCUUCUCCGGUACGCUCAGCGCCAUGAGUGCCAUGCUGAUGCUUGAGGUGCCUCACAUCAACCUUCUAUCCAAGAUGGACCUCGUCAAGGGUCAGGUCAAGAAGAAGGAUCUGAAGCGCUUCCUCACUCCCGACGUGGCCCUCCUUGACGACGACCCUAUCGAGCGUACGCGUCGCAUCACAGAGGGACCCGAGGGCGAGGACGAUACCUCUAGGCCGCCAGAUGAGAAGGAUCAAGUCAUGAAGGGCGCCAGCUUCCGUCGUCUAAACCGUGCUGUGGCCGGUUUGAUCGAGAGCUUCAGCAUGAUCAACUAUCUCAAACUGGACGUGACCAACGAGGACAGUGUAGCAGCUAUCCUGAGCUUUAUUGACGACUGCAUCCAGUUCCACGAGGCCCAAGACCCCAAGGAACCGAACGACGAAGAGUUUGAGGAUCAAGAUUAA